GCAUUCAUACAAUGUUUAUGCGGGAACACAACCGUCUCGUCGACGGCUUAUCUAAAGUGAAUCCUCACUGGAAUGACGAACAACUAUAUCAUAACGGAAGGAGAAUAUUGUCUGCAAUUCUACAACAGAUCACUUACGGAGAGUUUUUGCCCAGAAUUAUAGGCAGAGAUUUUCUCAAUAGAUUUGGAUUAACUCUUUUGCCAAAUGGAUAUCACAAUGGAUACGAUAGUCAGUGCAGUUCAACAGUAUAUAAUGAAUUCGCGGCCGCAGUCUUCCGGUUCGGACACAGUCUUCUCAAACCACACUUUGAAAGAUUGGACAGAAAUUAUAGGCCCGUUGAAGAGCCGUUAACUUUACGGACAGCUUUCUUCAAUUCAGACAUGCUUUUCACGCCUUUAGCUUUGGAUAACAUAGUCAGAGGAAUAUCGACACAAAGUGUUGAAACGCUAGAUCACGCCAUCACCGAAGAAGUGACCAAUCAUUUGCUCGAAGAUAUUAAAAAACCUUUUUCGGGAAUGGAUUUGAUUUCACUAAAUUUACAAAGAGCGAGAGACCACGGAAUCCAACCUUACAAUGAAUAUCGACGCGUUUGUAAUCUAACAAAAGCUAAAAAGAAUGUCGAUGAUAUCGAUCUGUUUUCCGGAGGAAUACCCGAAACUCCAGUUCACGGCGGACUCAUUGGCCCCACAUUUGCCUGUAUUAUAGGAAUGCAGUACGAAACUUCAGAUCCGUUCAUAAGAUUCAGUGAACAACAAUUGGCAGAGAUUAGGAAAAUAACUUUGGCUAAAGUUUUAUGCGAAAAUUCUGACAGUAUUGACACUAUUCAGCGACAAGUUAUGGAUUUACCAGAUUCAUUCUUAAAUCCUCGGAUUCCGUGCUCUUCGAUGCCAUCAAUAGAUUUGACGCAAUGGCGAGAAAGAGGCAACUCUUGUGUCGUUAAUAAUAGAGUUCUGGCCAUCGGAAGGGCUGACAGAAUAUCUCCGUGCGUUAACUGUAUUUGCACUUUUGAAGGGAUAAGAUGUCAAUCACUUCGGAUCAAUGAUUGCAAUGAAUUAUUUUCGUCGCAUUCACGACAGGAUAUAUUGAACGACUCGGUGUGCAAAGUUCAGUGCGCCUUCUCUUUCGGACAUAACAUGCGUUCACAACAGUCCAGAAGAAUAUCUACUAUUUUUGGAUUCAGUCAAUGA